CGAGCUAGUCCUGAGCCUCCACAUUGGAGUAGGAGGGGAUCCAAAGUUCGCUUCCGUCCGAUAACAGGGUGUACGUUUCUCUACACACUGUACAUCUUAUUUGUUUUGUUAUCGUCAGAGGGUUUAAAGACACAAACGUCUAAAUAAAUCAUCAGUUUCAUCCACCAGAGAUUUUAAUACUUAGAGAAGAUGUCUCAGGUCGCUACAAGUGAUCUGGUUGUUGUCACCCAAGUUUAUCCACAAAAAGCAGUGCCUGCCUCACAGUCCACACAACCUUCUCAUAAAGUAGAUGACCCUGUCCAGAAAUUUCUUAGAGGGCAACCACGACCAGUUGGGACAGUUCAGAUUUUGAUCGGAAUACUAAGCAUUUCCUGUGGCAUCAUUAAACUUCAAACUAUAGACACUCUGAUUUCAUUAACAAAAACCCCAUUAUGGGCAGGUGUAUUGUAUAUUGUUUCUGGAUCUCUGUGCAUUGCUACUGACAGAAAUCCCAAAAUGCCCUUGGUAAAGGUGACAUUGAUUAUGAAUUUGGUGAGUGCCAUCACAUCAUUUGGUGUAAUGAUCUUGUAUUGUGUGGAUAUGGCUUUGCUUAAUAUGGAACAAUACUGCCUGGUGAAUGAAAAUUCAUCAGAGUCGCAGUCAGCUCAAGAAUGUAUGUGGAUGUCGAGGACAUUGAAGAGCAGUGAACAGGGAAUAAGUGGUACGCUGCUCUUUUUUGCAACUCUGGAGUUAUGUUUGGCCAUUUCCAUGUCUGUCUUUGGAUUUAAAACCAUUUACUACAAUGAAUCAAAGUAUCAUAUGAUCUCCCAUCAAGCCUGUGAAGACAUUCAAGAUCCACAUGCUAGCAUUAUUAAUUAUUCACAGGAUGACAUGACUGAUUGUUCUCCAUCCACAACAUAACUGUUGUAUAUAGGGCAUCUGAUUGAGCAGUUCUAUAAUCCAGUAAAUACUGUAACGUAUAGAGCCAUAUAAAAAUAACCACAAUCCAAGAUUUGCAAUUAAAAUAUUAUAACCACUAUACAUACAAUUGUAGCCUUUAUGUAGCUUUUUUCUUUUUCAUUUGUUGUUAAAAGUGUUUGUGAAGACAUUACACAUGGACGUUUUUGCCUCUAGCAUUGCCCAUUCAAUGCCAGCUUGAAUGACCUUUUCAGAGUUUCACAUGAAGACAAGCUUGGUUUUGGGUUGAAGUUUACAAAAAUGGGAGUAUGUUGUUUUUGAGAUUCCCUUGGAGUUUCUCAACACAACUGUAAGAAUGGCUUUGCAGAGUAAAAAUAUAUUCUGGCCUGAGUUGCCUGUGGACAAGGGGCCAUUAGUUAAAAAUCUCUGAUUCUGAGUCUCACUCCAAUCACUCACUCAAAAAAAAUGAAAUGAGACUCCAAUUUGAUGUUGAUACACAAAAAAUAUUUCUUUUCUAGCAGCCAUUUAAUAGCAACUGCAAUCAAAACUUGUUAAAAUAGACAAUAUAUAAUAGAAAGCAGAAAUUGUUUAAUGUUUAAUUGAAAAUGUUUAAGCACUGCUUUUGUAUUGAAAAUAAAAAAUGUGUCCUGUUGUCUGGUGGCUUUUUUCCCCAUUGUGUAAAUAAAAGAUCUAUAUGGAAAUGUGAAA